AUGGAUAUAGAACCUGAAGACCCGACGACCUACAGCUGGGCCUUCGGCGCGUACGAGAGGGUUGGCCCGGAUACAGGGGCUUUGAAGCUCAGCGGAGCUUCUUUUGACGUCAAGACGUCUCCCGGUCAUAUGGAGAACACAUACAAGGAACAGCCGCUGCCUCGCGAGUACGAGUUUCUAAGUGAAGAUGCUGAUGCCUCUGGCCUCAUCAUGAGCUUCCUCAUGACGGGAACCUUCCCUAAACAUCCGCAUGCCAGUGUUCGAUCGGCGUCCGACAUGACUACCGAAUUCAUCUACGCCGGCGAAUUGUCAUUUAAGCUCGGUCUUCGCUGUAUCUCUUCACUUGCGACAGUUGCUGCUAGAGGACCGAACAGCGCUGCUCGAAAGGCACAUUACAAGCCUGUACAAACUCCUUGCCCGGCGUAA